UUAGCAGCACACGUGUGAAUGGAGUAGAAUCAAGUUUUAUCGUUAUAACUUUUAAUUUAUUUUAAUUUAAAGCUUGUACUACAUCUUGUUAAGUGUUCAGAAAUUGAUAUGAAUGCAUAUUUCAAUGAGUGGUGUGGAAGAAAUACAUAUUUUCAUUAAUCUUGUUCCCGCGCCUUACAGUGUAGUGAGGAUUGAAACGCCAUAAUGGCUGCUUCAAACGGAAGACAUUAUUUUACAAUAAAAUUGUUAGACAUAAUUGUUUUUUUAUGGUGACAGUGCAAGAUCCCAGUUAUAAUGGAAAAUAUUUAGAAUAUUUGUUUUUGAGUUCGGAAGGGCUUUUAGCCCCCGUCCUUCACUGGGCCUAAUUUUAUAGUGUUUAGUGAAGCCAAUGUUAUUGUCAACAUGAGUAAGCUCUCGUUCAGGGCUAGGCCCCUUGAGGCCUCAAAACCGAUGCCAAUUUAUAUGUCUGAAGAACUGCCCGAUCUUCCAGAAUAUUCAGCUAUAAAUCGGGCAGUACCUCAAAUGCCCAGUGGAAUGAAAAAGGAGGAAGAAUGUGAACAUCAUCUUCAAAGAGCAAUCGUCACUGGGCAGUUCAUCCCCACUCCAGAAGUGAUACACAUCGGAGACAUGGUGGCUUAUAAUCGCCUGUACUCACCCAACUACAAAGUGCCGAGGCAACUGAUCCACAUGCAGCCAUUCACAAUGGAGCAAGAUAUUCCAGAUUACGACAUGGAUUCGGAGGAUGAAAAAUGGCUGGCAGUACAUCGCAAAACCCUGGACAUCGAUGAGUUAAAGUUUGAAGAAAUGAUGGAUCGCCUGGAAAAGAACAGCGGGCAUUCUGUCGUCACACAAGCGGAGGCCAAAGUGUUGUUGAAGGAGGACGACGACUUAAUCAUAGCUGUGUAUGAUUAUUGGCUCAACAAAAGACUCCGUACACAACAAGCACUGAUUCCCUGUGUGAAAACCGAAGCUCAUAGGGGAAGUAACAGCAACAACAACCCUUACCUUGCCUUUCGACGAAGAACAGAGAAGAUGCAAACUAGGAAGAACAGGAAGAAUGACGAGUCAACAUACGAGAAAAUGGUCAAAUUAAAGAGGGACCUCAGUCGAGCUGUGACAUUGCUGGAGCUGGUUAAACGCAGGGAAAACUCCAAACGAGAACUGCUUCACCUUACGGUCGAAGUGUUUGAAAAGAGGUAUCAAGCCCAGGAUUACACAGGAUCUUUAUUGGCUGAAGUUUCGGCUAUGAAGACUGUACGACCUGCGUUUGCACCUCUCUACACAAAUCAGUACAAUCACGGAACAUCAUGGGCUAAACCAGUUAAGGAUGAAUAUAUACCACGCAAAGAAAAAAGACAGUACAAGAAGAGAAAACAUAAAAACAUCAACUCGAGUUUAGUGAUGAGCGAAGUCACCGGUGUGGUUUCAUCUGGAGACGACGACGGACUAAAUAUCUCCCCUGCAUCUCCUGCACACGACGACGCACCAUUUGCGUUCAGGCGGAAACGUCAAUGUCUUUACCAUGCGCCUCUAACGACUGGACUAGGCAACUGGCCUUGGUGUAACCGGGAAGACGGAGGACUAGCAGAUCAAAGGUACAGGUUCAGCUUGACCUCCAUCACCCACCCGACAAACACCAGCCGUUGUGUGGGGUUGGCAAGGAGAAGAGUCGGGAGGGGUGGCAGAGUGAUCCUAGAUAGGGCUGGACCUCCUAUGGAUGACUUCUGGGCCUCUCAGGACUUUACGAUUCAUGAUAACAUCAAAGAAAAACUACCUGUUAGUGAAGAAAGGCUCACCGAUGAGAAACCUCCAAUGGAUGAUAGGUCCUUGCUAUCUGACCUGUUCCAAGACUGGCCUCAUUUCCGUCCGAAGUCGCCGCUGAAGACCGAUCCCGAGGAGGAGGAAGAUGUAACGGAUGUUUUAAGUGGCAACUCUCUAUCAUUGGCUGUGGAGGACUUAACGGAGCCUUCGUCUGAUCUCUUACCUGUUCAUCUCAAUCUAAAUGAGCUUUUCCCCAACCUGCCACUAAGAGAGUCUGAUGACGAUGACAGUGAGCAACAACUCUCAGAACGGACUGAGACAACAUCGUCCCAGACUGACAACAAUUCCCAGACCGACACAGCAUCGUCGGAGCCCCAAACUCUUAGCCAGGAUUCUGGAAUCGAAAUGGCAACCAAGAACUUAAAGAAAGCCUGCAUCGACAAAAAAGAGUAUCAGAGUGGUUCGUUGUUAGAUCGAUGGGCGAGGUUCGAGAGUCCUCCUCCAGAACCGGUCAAGAAGAUCAAGCCGCCAGUUGUCUUGGAGCCUUUCGUAGGAGAUAAAUCUGGAAGUUCAGCAUUUAGAACAUGCAAUGCGUGGACGGACACGAGGCUCGGUAACCUGUCUGAAGCCAAAGCUGUGGUUACGUGUAGAGUGUCCUCACAAUCGGUCAGUGUAGAGACUGUAGAAGAGAUUUCCCAUCUUCCUCCAACCCCUCCCAAGGAAGCACAGACACCUCCACCUCUGGCAUGCAUCCAUGCCAACGGGCCAAUCAACUCUGAAUUGGCAAAUAACCGACACCCAUCGUCAAGACAUUACACGCCAUAUAGAAAAAAGAACAACCAUAAUUUACAUAGUCAUGGGAUGAACAACAAGUUAAUCAUGAGGAUCCCAGAAAAUGCGGGAGAGAUGCUUGAGACAACCGUGGUCACCUCCCAAGUGAUGCCUGAUAAGAACACCAAUCAAGUUCUCAUGAGGAAGGCGACACAGGUACCCAUGGAAGUUACUUGAUGAAGGGCGUAGAAUUGUUGACUGCACGUCGUUAAAAACGAGACGGGUGCGAUUUGGCUGUGCUUCUGCCGCUGUUUAGUUAUUGUAUUAGACUCAUAAUCGGUUAUUUAGUCAAUUCUAAUUUUUAUCCCAAGGUUUUGAUCCAUUGCCUAAAUUUAACUUGAUUGUAUUAGUAUUUCCCCAUUCUAUCAAAGUGUCACAUUACCCGAUAGUAACACAAGACUAAAAGAUACCACCCAAAUAUUUCACGAGUCAAUGUAAAACUAACAAAUGAAUAAGUCUUUUAUGUAAUUCUAAAGGAUACUCCUUGUGAAAUAUUUGAAACUAUAAAGAGAACGUCAUUAGUUGAAUCCCAUCUACAGGCUUCUUGUAAUUGUCAGACAAGAAACUCCUAUUAAGCUUUACAAUUUGAAACAUUUCUUUUUUUAUAUGGAACUGUGGGUAAAUAAUAAUAGUUGUAGGUCUCAUGCAAUGGGUAUUUGUGCAUUAAAAGAUGAUUUAUUUUACAUUUAUUUUAUCCGAUUUUUACUCAAGCCAUACACAGUUUAAGACUGUGUAAUAUCUGUUUGGUCUUGUUUAUAAUAAGUGUUCUUAGAAUAAUUAAUUAUUUAAUCUGAUCUACCAAAAAGCUAGAAACUAUUAUUUUAAUAUAUUAUUAAACAGUAAACUUCCGAUUAUCCACGAUAAUGAGCGGCUCAAUUGUUGUCGAUAAUCACAAUUGUGGAUAAUGCAAACCUAACCUAAAAUGUCCGGGAAAUAACUAACAUUGACUUUGAAUGGAUAGUUAAACUUUGAUACAGGAGGUAAUAAUAAAACAUUUAAAUGCAGUGUUGAUGCCUUUUAAUGUAGUUACACACACUUAUAUUUACAAAAACAUAAUAUUGGAGAGCCUAUUUAUGAGCUUAUUUUAUAUGGUUAAUCCGUGGAAAGUUAUUCCACUCGUGAAAAAUCGGAAGAUAGCUGUACUUUCUAAAUGUAAAAAACAAAUUUAACUAAUAUUAUAAAGUUUUAGAUCUAUAAGCUUGUUUUGUUACACACCAAAAUGAAUGGCAUGGUCGAUUUCUGUAUAUUUAUAUUUAUAUAAUUUGUCACAGACAAAUGGUUUUCUGUUGGAAUUUAAUGGUAAGUUUGAUAUUUCGCAGUCAAGUCUGGUAUCCCUUUGUGAAACCCAUGUACGAUAUUUCGAUAUUGUACUGUAAACAGAUUUUCUCCUCAUUUCUAAACUCAAACCUGGAAGUCAUAUUGUGACAUUCAACUUUGUAAACAUUCCCUUUGCUCUGUUACUUUUUUCCAAUAUAAUGAUCAAAGUUAUUUUUUAUUCCAGCGCCAAGUCCCUGUUCAAGAUCUAUUAUUUCAAACCAAUAGGCCUACAUGUUGUUGGUUAUCUCGGAAGAUAAAAGCUCAACUACUGUAUACGUAUAACUUUCAAUCAUUUAACUUAAUAAAAGACAUCAGACUUAACUGUGAAUCCAUUAUUUUGUGUGUAAUUUAAUCAGUUUUAAGAAGAGGCUCCAGUCUGUUGGUGUCUUGUACCUAUCAUUAAGACAUCAUAUCCAUAUGGACCAGCUGUAGCCAAUUUUUUAUAAAAAAUAACAUAGUUGAAUCAGCUGAUCAUAGAGAGUGGUUUUCAUCCUUAGUUUUUGAUACCGAGAUAGUAUUUACAACUAGUUGUCCUUUCAGUCUGACUUAGUUUAAUCCAUUGACACAGUGUUAUGAUUGGAGCAGUAGCUGUACUGUUAACUCACUGAAGUAGCGCUAGUGGUACACGUCUCUGUUGGCCGACGGUGACAAUAGUGACUUAGCAUUGUCCAGCUUGAGUGAAAGUUGGCAGCAUUGAGUUCAAUAGGGAUUGCAAACAACACCUGUUUUGCUUUCUUUUAUUCAUACUUCUAAAGAUGAAGAGGACACAGAUUUUUCUUUUUUGGCUAAAUAUGGACGUAUCGUGAAGAAAUACGUAUGGCAUAAAAUACGCAGAGGAAAUAACCUAAAAAGUCAUGUCGAUAUAGAAAUCGAAAACAAAUUUCUGUGUCAAUGGGUUAAAAGUUUGAGCAUUUUAUAUAAAUCAGAAAUUCACAUUAGCUCACGUUGUCGGUGGCUCAGAUCAAUUAUGUUCAUUUUCAUUCUUAAAUUGGCUACAACUUGGGAAUAGAGUAUCUAGUUUUAUACAUAGUCAAGGUAAAAGUCAAAAGUCGAGUCAUAUCUUUGCUAACACCUUAGUAAGAAAGUCAUAACUAAUUUCUCGUAAUGUUUUAAAAAGAUUCAUUCGCUCCAAUGCUGGGGUAUAUCGUGGUUAGGUGGCACUUGUUUGCUCAAAACCUGUUAACUAUUAAUUAUGUUACAUCACUGGUAUGCUAUUCAUAAAUUACUGUUGACUAGACGUACAGUUCAUUUAUAAUAUUACUCUCAGUGGAACAUUUUUGACUUUUGUCUUUAAUUCCAUUGUUUUAUAUGACGGUAUGAUAAUUGAAGCUCAGCACUUUAAUUUGUUAGUUUAGCUGGUCAAAUAGCGGUCUUUAAAUUUGUUAUCAGCGUGUUUGUAGUUUCACAUUCAGACGUUAGAAAGAGUUUUAUUUAUUGUGAUUUCGUGUACAUAAAAAGAUGUAUAUAAAACAUCACCUAUUUAAAAUAUAGUUUAAUAUAUUGUCUCGAUUACAUUUCUAUUCGUUGAUUUCAACAAUGUGAAUAGAACACUACAACAAGUCAGAAGAUUGACUGUUGCACAAUUGUAAAGCAACAAGGAUCAUUGAAAACAAAUUAGGGUUGUUUAUUAAUCAUUUUUUCAAUUAGGUAAAAUGUUAAUUAAUUUAUAAUCUGUUGAUUGUUAUUGCUGAAAAUGCAUUAAUUAUAUACAAGAUAUUAUUGGCUACAACACAUUCAAUGAACUUUUAUGUGAGCAAUUAAUGCCGCAAAGUGGGUCAAAUCCAUUAAGAAUAUCUUUUUACUAUUUUAUUUUGUGACUUUAUAUUCUUGGACACUUUAAACGUGUAGAGACCAAAUGUUAAUUUAUAUCUAUAUAUAUACAUCUGCAUACAGUAGAGCAUUAACUAUCCUAAGCCCAGUCAUCAGAAACAUCGGUUAACCAAAAGGAAGAAAGAAACAAAACACUUCCAAUCAUUAGUUUUAUUUGAUUAAUGAAUGAUCACUACCCACGGAUGAUCCGUGAUAUCAACAGAUAAUCAUUGGUGUCAAGAGUGUUGCUACGAUCGCGGGUGACAAUCAACACCAAUAAAAAAAUACAUGUAAAAUAAAUUUAAGUGCUAUGAUUCAAAAUAGUGAUUUGUCAAAACCAAACCACCUAUCUCAAAACCCGCAAAUACAUUUUGGUUUCAAGAUUUGAGUGGCAAGUUUGGUUUGGAAUUCAAAACCGAAUCUGUCAACAAUUUUGGUCAUAAAUAUCGACCACUAAUAAGUGUUUGUUUUGAUUUUGUUAUUGUCAAGAGUUUUUAACUUUUUCAUGGUUUAAAGUGUAUUAGUCACACACACUUCUUGUCAGGAACCAGAGAAGUAAAGAAGUUCCACAUUUAGGUUUUAAGAUGAAGGUUUAAAUAUCAUUCUAAUUUUCCCGUCAAUGACCGAUAAUCUGAUAAAACCUAUCCCAACGCCCCUAAUCCAUAAUCAUUUUCGAUAGUUGACUCUACUGUAUGCAUGUAUAUGUCUUCCCAAGGACUAUAUCGGGUAUUUGCGGUCGCAAACCAGCAAGUUUGGGUGUUAAGAAAAAGAAAUGGGUGUUGUGUGUUUCUUAUUUUUCAAAAUUCGGUUUUUUCAAACUUAUAGGAUUUGACCUAUCCUAAAAACAUAAAAAUGCUCAAUUCUCCUUACACUCAUCAUGUAAAACUUUAAAACCCCCAAAUAAUUUGAAAUUGUCAAGUGUUGUACGCUAAUGGCUUUAGAGAAAAUUUCAAAAACCUGUACAUAUGGAAUUCCAUUGUUAUGAAGAAUGGUAGUUUACUUCUUCAUGGAUAUACUUCAGUUUUGGCAAAUUAAUUUAAUAAAAAAACCCAAGCACUUGUUCCUAAUGUUAUUAAAAUUCAAGAUGAAUAUGACUUUUAAAAAUAUGUAAUCAUGCAUUUGGAAAUUUGCUUCUUCUGCGGGUUUGCUGGAGUAGAAACAGUAAACCAACGUUUCAAAAAGGCUAAUGCUUAUGUUUUCAUUUUUUUAUUAUUUUCAUCAUUUUAUUGCAUUAUACAUAUAGUCAGGUUGACAAACUAUAACUCUGUAGAUUUGUCUAAUUUUUAAUUGAUUUACCAAUGUUUCCACUUUUUUGUCAAUGUUUAUAAUGAAUUUAUAGCAUGCCUAAAUAAUAUUAAUUGAUGUUAAGGAUGCAACAUAGAGCACAAGAGCCAAGGCUUUUGGGAUUUUUAGUAAGGAUAGCAGUCUUACCUGAAUGGGAAGGAGUCCAAAAUUACACAAGAGACACAACAAAACAUGUCAAGUUUUGUGUUUCUUGUGUCAGUUUAAAUUCCCCCAAUUCAGGUAAGACUGCUAUCCUCACUAAAAAUACUGACAUUAAUUGAUCAUUUUUACUUGUUCGAUCAUUGUUUUUAUUUCUUAAGUUGUAAAUGAGAAUGGGUCUAAAUAUUAUUAUUGAUCAUUUAAACCUGUUAAAAUAAAAUAAUACACUUAAAAAUGCAUGCAAUAGCUUUUUUUAUUUUACUGUGGAACCAUUUUGACGAAGAUGUGACUUGAUUCUAUGAAAUACAAUUAUGAAAUCUGUUAACUCAAGUUCAAAUAAAUGUGCAACGAAUGAAUGUACGUAUAUUUUAUCAUAUUUAAUUUGUUUAUUCUUCUGAAAGCUUUCUAAUUUCGGAUUAGAUUGAUAUUGUCGAAAAUUUACAAAUGAACAUGUAUUGGUCUAUUUGUAAUGUUUCAACAAUAUAGAUUUUGGCAAUUGAUUUGGGAUUUGUAAUACAAUUAUAAGAUUUUUAAUGACACUCGUACUGAUUGAUGUUGUAUGGGGAUUGAAGCUGACAAGGUGCGUUAGGGAUUUGUAUGAUUUUAAAUGUCUUCUGUAUGAUCUACAAAUGUAAUUAAUAGGUAACGAAUAAGUUUUACUUCAACAAACUCAUAUAAUGUUAAAUAUAAGUAUCAAAAGCAAUACCUUAGAUAUAUCUAGAUUCUUUUACUUUCAAGUUUUAUUUUAGGUGAAAGGAAGUUUGGGUUUUAAAAUUGAAGACAAUUUACUGUGUCUAAGGGUUUUUUUAGUCUUUCAGCGAAUUCCCCAAUAGGGGCGUAGCUAUUGCCAUAGGUUUCAUGGUAAGAUUUAGACCCAGGACCGAUUUACUUUUUAAUAAAGUGGUUUUUCAAAAUUUUUACUCGUAAAACAAGGAAGUGCUAUUAUAAAAAUCGUGAUGAGCUUAAAAAAUUGAAGCGUUGUUGUACAAUUAAAGGUUACGGAGAUAAUCCCAAAAACUGUACAUUUAAGAUUUAUUCUUUUGGAAAAAGAGAAAACUGUUCUAGUUUGCUUGUUUAUGCAUGUUUGUUCAUCAAAUUAGGCCAAUUCUUUUAUUUUCAUCCUAUACUAUCAACAUUUCUUCAAGAAAACACUUUUUACCCUAAUGUUAUAUAAAUGCUUUUUAUAAAUAUGUUUUGUUUAUAUAAAUAUUUUAGUUAAAAUAUAAUAAGACAAAAUGAAAUUCACUUAGUCUGCAGGUUUGCUGAGGUGGGGGUAUUUAUUUUUGAAAGGUUUCUAGUCUUGAGUACAGAAUACAAAGAAAGGUUUAAAAAAAACUCCAUCAGCCUUAAUCCACCUUGUCAAAGUCUGGUCUUCCUUUUAAUUUUGUAUCAAAGACUCGAGUAUAUCACAGAUCAAUUAAUUUAAACUCCUAAAAAAUACUUCUUUUCUCUCAAUCAUUGAACCUUAUUUUUGUCCGUUACUAGUGUUGUAAAGUAAAAAAUAACCACGCUUUAAAGUUAGUAAACAAUGCUGUAAACUUAAUCUUUUUAAUUCUAAGAACUGAACUGAAAAGGCUAGUUUUAAAAACAGGUAAAACAUGUAACUUGACACUUUUUUUCUAUAAGUUGGCUCACCAGGUUUGAAUCUCAAAAUUUUUUUCCUUAAAACCUAAAUGUAAAAAAAUGCAAAGCUCUGUAUAUUUUUCUAUAGUUCUAUCACAAUAUUAGAGUGCACAAACAAGUGUCCCCCCCAGGUUGUUGCUGGUAUCUUAAUUUGUAUUCUUGCUCAAGAAUUUGGGUAAACAACUAUGCUAUUGCCUUUGUAAUAAAUAUGCAUUGAGAAGAUUAAACAGUUGCAGGUUUUAGAAGGUGGAUCUAAACCACAUUAUGUAAGGAGUUGCAGAGAAGUGUGAUGUAUGUUGAAGUGAAACUUUGUUAUGCAUUGUAAUGAAUGGUCGUGGAAUUAUGUUCUGAAUUAUGUGCUGCAUUUACAAACAUGUUUUUUACACUAAAAUUAAUGAAUUAUUUGAUAUUUGAUGCAGUGACUUUGAUAUGAGUAAUGGAAUGUAUCCAUGUGAAAAUUCACAAAUUUAACCAUGUAUAAAUUACCUGGUAUGCUUUACAUAGUGUUUGCUAGUGAACUGUUAAUUUCUUCCUGUAAAACUAUGUUUCUUAAAUUACUGAAUAAUAUAACAACAUUUUUAAUGCUAAAGAUAUUUGAUCAUUUUUAUAGUUUUAAUCAAACAAUUUGAUCAGUGAAGAGACAAAAGAUUAUAUUUCUGGAUCAUGUGGAAAACUGUUCCUUGUUCAUUUACCUUGAUAUAAUUUAUUUUGAGUAAGUACCCGUUAUAUCUCUUUACAUUUAGUUUUAGCUGAUAUCAAAUGAGUAAGAAAUUAUUUAUUUAUGAAAUUAACUUAUGGAUAAUAAAUGUAUUUGUAUCAAAACCAAUUUUUUUAAGUUUUCUGUACAGAAUUUUAGUUGUAAAUGAUUGCAUACGCAAGUAUGAUAGGUUUUGAUAUGUAAAAUAUUGAUAAUUGCUGCCAAUUUUGAAAUUAUGUUUAAACUGUGGUAGUACAGGCUUGUGAUAACUUUAAAAUAAACUAUCGGUGGGUAUUUCUUUA